UGCUCCUUUCCCGACACCGGCUCGAGCUGCUCACCCCAAACCACCCCCCGACCGAGCGGAGUGCGGCGUUGUGGUACUGAGGCCAACAGAAGCGCGAUGGCCCGCGUGAACCACCCUUCACCUUCUGCCAGCCAUUUCGUCUGCCAACUCCCCAGUGCCCGCACCUUGGUCUACCUCAGCUGGACAAUUGCAGGUCUCGGCUGUGCGCUGAGGAUCACCUCGACGGGGCCCCAGACUCUCCACGUCGCAGAAGGUGAGAGCGCGGACAUCGGGUGCCAGUACCAGGUGGAGGCGACCGACCUCGGGGCGUUGGACGUCGAGUGGAGCAUCAUGAGCCCCGACACGACCAAAGUGGAUCAAGUUGUGAGUCUCUACGACCGGGGACAGCACGGGGAUAGAUACAGGGUGCUGACCUAUGCCCACGAGGAGGUGUUUGAGUAUCCCUCGCCCGUGUCCGGCCGCUUGUCCUUCCUGGAGGCCGAUCCGAGCCUUGGGAACGCCUCGGUGAGGCUCGUGUCACUGCGGAUCACCGACACCAACACAUUCCAGUGUAAAGUGAAGAAAGCUCCUGGCAUUGACAGCAGGAAGGUGACGGUCGGAGUUCACGUGCGGCCCCAGAAACCUGAAUGUUGGAUCGAUCGCUCUGGAGAGCAGGGCCAGGAUGUAAGACUGCACUGUGUCAGUCAUUUGGGCUCUCCACCUCUCACCUACUCCUGGGCUAGGAUCAGCAAACCACACGAGGGACUUCCACGGGGGUCCACCGCAGACCAUUCCUCUGGGAUCCUGCUGAUCCGAAACAGUACAUCUGAAUCCUAUGGGACUUAUCAAUGCACCGUCCGGAAUCUGGUGGGACAUGAGGAUUGCUUGAUAAUCCUAUCAGCGGGAUCAGAUAGCAGGGAUGUAGGGCCUAUCGUUGGAGCGGUCCUGGGGACGCUGUUAGCUCUUCUUCUGCUGCUCUUCCUCCUAUGGCUGCUCUGCUGCCGAAGGCAUCGCAAACACAACGAGACAGCGUACGAUAUCAGGGAGGAUGCACUCCCUCCCGUCAGCCGGGAACCCAGUAUCCGGUCCGUACGGAGUUAUAAGGCCCACCAGGCUCGGAAGGACAGGCGGCUGACCUUCUACAGGCAUCUCCAGGACGACAGUGCCCCCCAGGACCCUGCUGCGGACCCCGCUGUGAACGCCAAGCCCCUUCCCGCUCGCCCCAGGCCUGUCUACGUCGUCUGAUUCUCUUCCUGCAUGGGCUCACGGUGGAACUGCGUCCCCAGGGCGGAGCUGUGUCCCCACGGUGGAGCUGCAUCCCCAAUGGUUUAGCUGUGUCCUUACAGUGGAGCUGUGUCCCCACAGUGGAGCUGCCUCCCCACGGUGGAGGCUGACCCCCACGGUGGAGCUGACAACCUGAGUGGAUACAAGCUAUCUCAAUAGAGGAUGCUGGUCCCAGUGGAGUUCAGUCCCCAUGGAGGAGAAAGUGUGUGUGUGUGUGUGUGUGUGUGUGUGUGUGUGUGUGUGUGUGUGUG